AUGCCCCUCUCUCCCUCCCCCUCCCCGCCAAACCAUCGCCCCUCGAGCUUAUUGCGCGUCCUGUCCCGCUUCCUCAUCUGCUCCACCCUCAUCCUGGCCCUCAGCGUGGCUCUCAAGACCCGCUCCCGUCUCUCCCUCUUACUCCCCUCCUUCUCACCCUCCUCCCCAUUCUCCAGCUCCCAAAUUCCAACAAUGGCUUACCAACAAGAACGCUACAUCGCCGAGCUCGCUGUUCAGCGGGCCUCCAUCCUCACCCAGAAGGUCUUCUUCGAAAAGGCCAAGGGUACCGUCUCCAAGGAUGACAAGUCACCCGUUACCAUCGGCGACUUCGGCGCCCAGGCCCUCAUCAUCCAGGCCAUCCGCAAGAACUUCCCCAACGACGAGAUCGUCGCCGAGGAGGAGGCUAGCUCCCUGCGUGAGGACAAGGCCUUGAGCGCAGAGAUCUGGCGUCUGGUCAAGGAUAUCAAGCUGGAGGAUGCGGAGAGUGAUAAGAUCCUGGGCGGUCCUAUCGCCAGCGAGGAGAGCAUGUUGGAUAUCAUCGAUGAGGGCAAGAGUGCUGGUGGUCCCAAGGGUCGUAUCUGGGCUUUGGACCCCAUUGACGGCACCAAGGGCUUCCUUCGCGGCGGCCAGUACGCCGUCUGCCUUGGUUUGAUCGUGGACGGUGAUGUCAAGGUCGGAGCUAUUGGUACUCCUAACCUCCCCGUCGACGAUGCUGCCCCCAUCGAUGCCAGCACUGGUGCCCAGCAGACCAGCACCUCCGCCAACGGUGUCCUGUUCUCCGCCGUCCAGGGCGAGGGCGCUACCAGCCGUCCCUUGUCCAACGGCACUCUUGCCGAGAGCAAGUCUAUUUCCAUGCGUCCUGUUCCCGAUAUCGCCCAGGCUGUCUUCUGCGAGGGUGUCGAGGCUGCCCAUUCCGCCCAGGGUGACAAUGCUGCCGUCGCUGAGCGUCUCGGUAUCACUGCCCCCAGUGUCCGUCUGGACUCGCAGGCCAAGUACUGCUCCAUUGCUCGCGGUGCCGGUGACAUCUACCUCCGUCUUCCCGUGAAGAAGGAUUACCAGGAGAAGAUCUGGGACCACGCGGCUGGCGACAUCAUUGUCCGUGAGGCCGGUGGUCAGGUCACCGACAUCUACGGCAACCGCCUGGACUUCAGCAAGGGCCGGACCCUGGCUGCCAACAAGGGUGUUGUUGCUGCCCCCAAGGCCCUGCAGGACCAGGUCAUUGAUGCUGUCAAGGUCGUCCUUAAGCUUUAA